AGUUGUAGCUCUGUAGAUUAGUACAUUGUAGUAUUGUAUAACUGUUAGUACCUCAUCUGUGUAAUCCUAGACCGUUGGUAACUCCCUGUGUAACUAUUAAAAUGCUAAGCCCCCUUAUAACCAUUAGACCACAUCUACCUGUAUUACAGUUCACAUACGGAUCAAUAAAUCCGGCUUCAGCAGAAGUAAUCGGACUGUUUGGAUCUCUCUCUAUACUAAGAUAUAUAGAGUAAGACGCUAAGAUACCAAACUACCACUAGACCUGAAAUAUUACAGUUGCAUCCCACAGGUAUAAAGUCCCCGGUGAUGAGUCCCAUGUUUGACAAGGUUGCGCAGGGGAAGAAACAUUUGCUGGUCCCUGAAACUGUGGAGCAGGCAGAGGAGAUGUUUCAUCUUUGUCUUCAUAACAAGUCACUCAUACCAUCUAAACAGUUAGUGAAAGGAUUUCUAGACUACUACAAUACACCUCGUAUGAGCUUCUUGAAGAAAAUGUUUGAUGCUCUACUUGAAGACCAAGAUGCCCUUACCCCUCUCCUUGGGAAGAUUUCUGCACCAACACAAGUGAUGUGGGGCAGACAUGAGGAGGUACUGCACAUAACCUGUGUGGAUGUGAUAAAGAGAGAGAUGACAGCACCCCUACAUGUGGACAUCAUAGAGGACAGUGGACACUCCAUUCCUGUUGAAACUCCCAAAAAGGCUGCCACUCUGAUCAUGAACUUCAGAGAUAAAUUUAUUUAUAGAUAGAACAAAAUUUAACAUUUUCUGUCAGCUUGAUUUCUUUUAUGGGUAUAAAAUUCUACCCCAAUAAGAUGUAUGAGAGAUUUGAUGGUUCAUUUUCAUGCCAUUAGAAAAUACUCGAUAUUAUAGAACUUUCAUCAAUCAUGAUUUGGGAAAAUUGUCUUUCAUUUAGCCAGUAUUUGGUAUCAAAUGUCAGUAACACUCUUUUUUAUAGUUACCUGCAAUGGAUCAUAUCUAACUACUUGGUACAUAUUAAAGGUUGAAGUUAUUUCAAUCAUUUUCUUGUGUAAUAAAUAAAAGCUUAAGCUAUAUCAAAAGUUUAUAUUACCCAAAUGCACAAAUUGCAGUGGGAUUUGCCUAAUCAAAAUCUUGCAUCAGAGGACCCCCAUGUAAUAUUACAUUGGGGAAAUUUGCUCCUCGGUUCAAACCAUUCCAGUAAUUAUUCCACGUCUGUCAGGUUUGAUAGAUGACAGUUUGGAGGGAAAUCCCAGCACAAUGUGCCUGGAUAUUGUAUGACGCACCACGGCUCGAAAUUCAUUUUUGGGAAUAGGUGCACUGGUGCACCCAACCAAAAAAAUUAGGUGCACAAAAAUUUUUGGGGUGCACCAUGUAAAACAAAACCUAACUACA